GCCAGGAUUACUUUCUUUCCCGAGGGACGGCUAAUCGGAGAGCAAGGAGGGGAGGAAUGGAUGUGGGGUAGACGGUUUAGGAAGCUGGUUUAAAAUCUGGAGGAGAAAAAAAAAGCAGCUUUUCUAAUAAGAAUGGUCGCUCGGACAAAUGCAACGCUUGAGAGAUGCAGAUAGUUCGAUGUUUAAACCGGAGUGCAUUUUACCCGUCAGGAGGCGGCUGGACGGAAGGCACAGGGAGAGCUGAUUCCCAAAGUAUGCUGUAUUUUGCAAAACUCAUAUUGCUGAUCUUUUGCGGGGCCCUUCUCGGAGAAAGUAGGAAGCACAAAAAAGGGAGAUGGACGGCAGAAGCGCAGGUGCAAAAAAUAAAUUACUCAUAUAAAAAGAACUAUGACGUGACCAAAACUUGGCCAGGGAACAGCAAAAGACUUCUGAGAGUAGAUGACCAUGAUUUCUCCAUGAGGCCUGCCUUUGGAGGUCCAGCUAUUCCUGUUGGAGUGGAUGUGCAGGUUGAAAAUUUGGACAGUAUUUCAGAAGUCAAUAUGGACUUUACAAUGACACUGUAUUUGAGACAUUAUUGGAAGGAUGAGCGUCUCUCCUUUCCCAGUUGUACGAACAGGAGCAUGACUUUUGAUGGACGGUUGGUAAAGAAGAUCUGGGUGCCAGACAUUUUCUUUGUCCACUCUAAAAGAUCCUUCAUUCAUGAUACCACCACUGACAACAUCAUGUUGCGGGUGUUCCCAGACGGCCAUGUGCUCUAUAGCACGAGGAUCACAGUGACAGCAAUGUGCAAUAUGGACUUCAGUCGUUUCCCCCUAGAUUCACAGACGUGUUCAUUGGAGCUUGAAAGCUAUGCAUAUACAGAUGAAGAUUUGAUGUUAUACUGGAAAAACGGGACCGAAUCUCUAAAAACAGAUGAAAAGAUUUCCUUGUCUCAAUUCUUGAUUCAAAAAUUUCAUACAACCUCCAGACUUGCUUUCUAUAGUAGUACUGGUCGUUACAACCGCCUUUACAUUAACUUUAUUCUACGUCGCCAUAUUUUCUUCUUUCUGCUCCAAACGUAUUUUCCUGCCACGUUAAUGGUCAUGUUAUCCUGGGUUUCCUUCUGGAUAGACCACAGAGCUGUGCCUGCAAGAGUGUCAUUAGGAAUUACGAUAGUCCUGACCAUGUCUACCAUCAUCACUGGUGUCAACGCCUCCAUGCCUGGCGUUUCCUAUAUCAAGGCUGUGGACAUUUACCUCUGGGUCAGUUUUGUGUUUGUCUUCCUCUCGGUCAUUGAAUAUGCAGCGGUGAACUACCUGGCAACAGCGCAAGAGCGGAAGGAGCAAGAAAAGCAGUUUCCAUGCAUGGGUGGAAUUUCUUCAAAAGGAAUGACAAUAGAUGGCAUAUACAGUGAGUUGGAUGCUGGUAGCCCAGAAGGUGAUCCCAAAAAUCAAAUGGUAUCUGAAGUAACUGAGGAGGAUAAACAAGAGAAGAUGGUGAUCCAUUUGACUAUGAGUGAUGAGUCUAACUCAUCAAAGAAGAAAGGGCUCAAAGAGCAUGUUAGCCUACGUAUUAUUCAGAACACUCAUGCAAUUGACAAAUAUUCAAGGUUAAUAUUUCCAGGCACCUAUAUAUUUUUUAACAUAGUAUACUGGUCUGUCUUCUGCUGAACAUGCUGUAGCUCUGAUUAACUCAGGAGAUAUUUAGAAGAUUCCGGUAAUAAAAAUUUUGGAUUCCAAGUGAGAAAAUAAUCCAUCCUGUAUCAGCUGUGGCUCUUGGAAACACUGGAUAUUUGUCUAAGAAACAUUUUAUACAAUGGUGUUGUAGAUGAUUGACUCAAACUGGAUACUUUCUGCUCUCUGUCCUUUCUUAACAUAUGGCAAGUUUGCUUUUCAUAUGUGAAAAUAUGCGGCUGUUGAACUUUAGUCUCAGCCAUUAAAAUUGUCAUCUUAGUAGGCAUAAAGGCUAUAUGUAUGUAUAAAAAGUGGCUAGGAAUCUGCUCUGUGAUCUUUAUUGAGACAGUUGGAGAAAGAUAAAUCUGUUUCAUUUGAUGAUCAGCCAGCACAAUGAUGAUGUCCAUCUUUAUCAUAAGGGAUUGUUGGCGCCCCAUAUGAAAUUUCUUUUGUUAAGAAGUAGGCGCUGUGAAGCAGUCCCCAAGCUAGAUUGACAGGUUAGAAUGCAUCAGGAUACAUGCAAGAAUCUUCGAGGGGACUGCCCUUAUCAGGAGGGGACUGCCCUUAUCAGGAUCAUGCACUUACAAUUUUUCUCAAAAAUGCAUUCAUUGGGAAGGAUAAUGAAAAUGUUUCACUAAACUGAGCAGUUGAUAAGCAAAAAGAAAUAAGACAUGUGCUUAAAUAUUAAAUAUUGUUCUAAAGAAUGA